ACAUCCGCCGAAAGUAGAGGCGCCGGCCUCUGGCUAGGCGCCACCGAAGCCUUCCUGCUGAUCGAGAACCUAACCGGCUACUGCUUUGACCCCGUGCCGGAAGGGAUCCUGGUGAAUGGCCUGCCGGACAAGUGGACGUGUCUCCACAAAGGCCACAAAUGGCACGGCUACGACGUCUCGGACCACACCUUCCUGCUCACUUUCUGCUGCCUGCUGAUGGUGGAGGAGACGGCCAUCUUCCGGCGUUACCUGGCCCAGGGUCACCCCGCCGGAGUCCCGCUGCGCCUCAUUUUCCUGCUUAACGUCCUCCUCCUCUGGAAUUUCCUGCUGGCAUCCGUGGACUUCAGUGCCCAGAAUCCCCUUAGCCGACCUGCCUGCCUGCCUGCCUGCCUGAGGAAUUCUGGAUCUUGA